GCUUGGGCCACUCUCGGUGCGGUGUCUGCCUCCUAAGCAACAUGAAGGUGUACGUCGUCCUGUCAGCGCUCGCUCUGUGCGUCGUCGCCGAGCCGCCAGUCGACCGGUCGUACCUGCCUCCCAGCUCUGAGUACGGACCUCCCUCGGCCUCCUCUCUCAGCUCUCAGUACGGCGCACCAGCAGCCAACGGCCUCAGCACUCAGUACGGAGCUCCUGCGCUGACAGGCGCCGCUUUCGGUCGCUCAGGCGCUUUCAGCCAGGGUCCAGCAGCUCGCGUCUCCUCCAGCUUUGGAAGCGCCUCCUCCAGGGGGUUUGGAGCCGGCAGGAGGUUCGGCGGCGGUCUCUCCACUCGCUAUGGCGCCCCCUCGGCAGCUGGUCGCGCCACUGGCUUCGGAGGACUCGGUCUGUCCACACAGUACGGCGCUCCUUCUUACUCUGCCAACGCGCUCUCCACUCAGUACGGUUCACCCUCUGCUAACGCUGGUGGCCUUUCUCCAGUGUAUGGAGUUCCCGGAUACGGCUACGGUCGCGCUGGAGCCCAGGAGGACCCACUUGCUGAGCCGGCCAACUACGAGUUCAGCUACUCGGUGCAGGACGGCAACACGCUGAGUGACUUUGGACAAGAGGAGUCCAGGCAGGGGGAGAGCGCCCAGGGUCAGUACCGCGUGCUGCUGCCUGACGGCCGCAAGCAGAUUGUCUCCUACCAGGCUGACGAGGGCGGCUACAGGCCCACCGUAGAGUACCAGGACACCGGACUCACCGCCUACUCUGCCGGCGGAUACGGCUACGGCAGGGGGCGCGCUGGAGCUGAAGCUGGAAGUGGAAAUGGGGGAUACCACUACUGACCAACUACUGGACUGUUCAGAAUGACGAAAAUAAACCAUGCUGCCAAAAGAUAUACAGUGUACAAAUAAUACUGACAGUAGAUAUAGUCAAAUUAAUUUAUGAGGAAUGAAUGUUGUUGUCCGAUGUUAGAAGGAAUUUCUUGAAUGUGUCCUUCUCUUGUGAAACAAUAUUUUUAAUUUUGUAUUUGAAAGAAAAUAAACAGAAGUGCAAAAUA